AUGGUGGGACGGCUACCAACAACAAGAAUUAGUCAUAAUCGACUUCUACGGUUGGAUAUCUCCAAACGAAAUUAUGAAUCUGGCCGAUUCAAAACCAUACCAGGUUCAAACAAAAGGAGGCUUCCAAAAGUUCACCAGCAAAGCCAUAGUAAUAACAAGCAACAAAUAUCUCGAAAACUCGUGGCGACCCGAACAUCGAAAUUCGACAUGCGAGCAUUCGACCGAAGAGUCACCCUAACCUGGAUACGCUUUGGCAAUACAGAACAAGCAUACUUUGGAUAUCACUUCGGCUAUUGGUAUCGUCAAUUACCAAUUUUGUGA